CCUCUGACCUGAGUGAUUGCUCCAAGCUGAAGGAGAUUCACUUCAAAGGCAACAAGUUGAACGACAAACGUCUGGAAAAAAUGGUCAACGGCUGCCAGACCAAGUCCAUCCUCGACUGCCUCAGAGGAAGAGGAAGAGGAAGAUAGGGAGAGGACGGAGGUGAAGCGGACGGGGGUCGCAAGGCAGACAAGGGGAAAAGGCAGCAGAGGAAAAAGAAGGAGAAGGUGGCAGACGGACAGGACGAGGUGGAGGAACUGAACAAGAUGGUAGUGAGGGUUCUCCAUGUCUCGGACUCUCCUGCAGCUCUCACCGUCACAGUGAGUGCUGAGGUGAAAGAUGUUCGACCAUACCUGGUGUGCUGCGUGGUCAGGGGCAUGAACCUGAAGUCUGGGAACGCACUCAAACGGUUCCUGGUGGCUCAGACAAAGCUUCAUGACGACUUGUGUGGUAAAAGGACCAUCGCAACCAUUGCAACUCAUGAUGUGCAGCUUCUCAAAGCUCCCCUGAUGUAUGAUGUCAAACCACCUACCCAGCUGAAGGUUGUGUCGCUGGGUCGGAAGGAUAUGACGGCCGUCGAGCUGAUAAGACACCUUCAGCUGGAGGCGGAGGAGCUGAGGAAGCAGAAGAAGAGGCAGAAUGUCACUGGCCUCCACAAAAUCGUGAGGAGGCGGGGUCAGAUGGGGAAGGGGAAGGCCCACAAAAGCCGGGGGCCAGCAGCGAGACCUCCAGCCAACUGAUCGUUCAGCAGGUCCGCACAGUAGACCAGGACGGCAACCUGAAGGUCGUCUACCCGUCGAAGACAGACCUCUCCAAUGACAUCAGCAACUUGACAG